AUGUCAAGCUCAAGAUUAAGAGCUUACAACACAGAUACCGUCAAAUCUUUGGCUCUGGUCACAAGUGAAGGUAUAGUCAUCAAAUCACAAAUCUCUCCAAAAAAAUCAAACUGCUACUCAUGCUGUGGUUGUCUCUCCUUCUUUGAAUCAAACAAACAAGAUUCAAACUAUAACCAUGAAUAUCCUUACCAUUCUGCAAUGGAUAACGUUUCAGGUAACAUCAUCAUUCCUUAUGGCAGAAUUUUAAACGUGGAGUAUUUAGAUGGCGCAAAUAAUAAUAAUAAUAAUAGUAAUAAUAAUAAUAGUAACAACAAUACUAAUAACAUUAACAAUAAUAACAACAAUAAUAACAAUAAUAAUAAUAAUAAUAAUAAUAAUAACAAUAGUAGCAGCAGCAGUAGUAGUAAUAAUAAUAGUAGUAGCAACAGCUCCUCACCUACUCCAAUCAGCAUUAGCAUUAGAAGAAAAUCCGAAUCACCUCCAAAAUACAUCUCUAAAAAAUCUUCCAUAAUUGAAAUUACAAGACCUGAAAGUCCAUUCGAUGUAGCUGUACCACUCCCUGUCGAUGUAAACUCCGUUGCAAUUUUAAUGACUUAUGUCGAAGCAAAAUCAAACGAUAUAGUGAUUAAAAAAGUCUCUCUAUCAAUCGAUAUUACUACUAUUGGUGCAAAAGGUGAUGUCGUUCAAGAAAUUUUAGAUAGAAGUUAUAAAGAUGCUAAAAGAAAUAGAUCGAUUUUAGUAGUUAUCAAUCCAUAUGGUGGUAAAGGUAAGGCAAAAAAAUUGUACCUAAAUAAAUGUCAUGACAUUUUGAUUCAAAGUAAAUGUAAAGUUGACAUAGUUUAUACAAAUUAUGGGGGCCAUGCAAUUGAUAUAGGUCGUGAAUUAGAUAUUUCAAAAUAUGAUACUAUUGCUUGUGCUUCUGGUGAUGGUAUACCUUAUGAAAUUUUAAAUGGUUUAUAUCAGAGACCUGAUAGAGUCGAAGCAUUCAAUAAAUUAGCAAUCACUCAACUACCAUGUGGUUCAGGUAACGCAAUGAGUAUCUCAUGUCAUUGGUCGAGUAACCCUUCAUAUUCCGCAUUAUGCUUAGUUAAAGGUACAGAAGCAAGAAUUGAUCUAAUGUGUUGUUCUCAAGACUCAUACUACAAGGAAUCUCCAAGACUUUCUUUCUUAAGUCAAACUUUUGGUGCUAUUGCUGAAUCAGAUAUUAACACAGAAUGUAUUAGAUGGAUGGGUCCCGCUAGAUUCGAUAUAGGUGUGGCAUUAAAUGUAAUCCAAAGAAAAAAAUAUCCUUGUGAUAUCUAUGUCAAAUAUUUAGCUGAAGAUAAAGAUCGUGUAAAGGAUCAUUAUAUUCAGAAAAAGGGUAGCCCAGCAUUAUUAUUAGAAGAUAGCCUAAAUUCACAAAAAUUUAAUGAUCCAAGUCCAGUAACAAAGGAAAGUUUUGAAUUAAAAUAUCCUCUAGACAAUGGUGUACCUGAUGAUUGGGUUAGAAUCGAUCCAAACUUAACAAAUAAUUUGGGUAUCUUUUAUACAGGUAAGAUGCCAUAUAUGGCUUUAGAUGUUAAAUUUUUCCCAGCGGCUUUGCCUUCAGAUGGUGCGAUUGAUAUGGUUUUAACAGAUGCCACUACCCCUAUCUAUAAUAUGAUCGGUAUAUUAACUUCUCUAGACACCGGAAGUCAUGUCUUAGAUCCAAAGGUCAUUCAUUCAAAAGUGUUAGCAUACAAAAUCAUUCCAAAAAUCAAAAAUAGUUUAUUCUCUGUUGAUGGUGAAAAAUUCCCAUUGGAACCUUUACAAGUUGAAGUUUUACCAAAGCUUUGUAAAACUAUCCUAAGAAAUGGUAAAUAUAUUGAUACAGAAUUUGAAUCUCUGUGA